CGCAGUGUGGUGGCGGCACUGACAGGGAGAUGUGGUCACCUUGCCUGACUCUGCUGUGCGUCGCUCUGCUCGCCCUCCAUGCAGGGGCGGCCGUGGCUGGCGGCGGCGUAGCUGGGGUCGACGACCUGCGGGCGCACGUGGGCGAGGGCCGAGGACAGCACGUGGCUGGGCGGGGCGUGGGACAGCGACGCCAGAACCAUGACAUGGCCUCGCCCUUGAGACGCGGCCGUCGCAAGGUCAUCUCCCGCGGGGGCCACUACAUCGUGUGGAGCCGGGGUGGCACCUCCCCGUGGAGCUCCACCACCUACGACGCCAUGAACUCUCCUGGGAGCGUAGGCCGCCACCACCGGGAGUACAGCUGGCACCCACCGGGAGAGAGAGUCGGCGAUGGUGGCUUGCAGGGGUACGUGGGGCCGCAGGGACGCAGCCCGGGGGCGGGGGGCCUGGCCAGGAAGAAGCUGAACCAGUCGUUCAAACGGGAGAUCGCGCAGUACGCCAUGGUGUACGGCGUGCGGCAGGCCGCCGUGCACUACGAGCACGCCGUGGGCAGGCGCCUCAGGGACAGGGUGGUGGCAAAGUUUGUCAACCGCUACCAGGAGAGGAAGAAGAGGAAGAGGAGGAGGCGGCGCCGGAGGCUGGGGCACUCCUAGACCCAGGGGACAAGGCGCAGGGCAGAGCGGGACGAGGACCAGGGUCAUGACCAGGGCCAGAGCCAAGACCAGGGCCAGGACCAGGACUAGGACCAGAACCAGGACCAGGGCCAGGAUCAGGACGAGGACGAAGACCAGGAUUACCGAACCGCCCUCCUUGUCCUGCAGCUGCUGCUGGCCCUGAGGUGUUUGCCCCAGCUGGCCCUGCCUGGCCCUGGUGUCAGCUCAUCCAGCGGCGCGGUAGUGUGGUGGUGUGGUGGCGCCGCGGUGAGUGUGGCCUUUGCAGCCGCACGCGGUGACCUGCAAUCACCGCGUGACCUCUUCAGGUACUAAACUUUGGUGUCGUUUUAGAUCACCGUGAUAAUACUGUGUAGUGUUCCUCGACCAUGUCAUGUUGCCAUGUAUUGUGUAGCGAGCACUGCACCGCCUGCCAGGCGCAGCGCUGCGUCGCCUGGCAGGCAGUACACGCGUGUCCAUGGCUUAUUAACUCCACCACCGCUGAGGUGCUCGCGUCGUUGUGUAUGUUAGGUUUAAGUCUAUGUAUGUAAACCUGAUGACGCUUUAGAUCAGCAGGAAGCAUUUAGGAAUACCUGAUUAUCUGUGAAGCUAAUCUGUGGUGGCUGUUCAGUGUUCUCUUCCACCAUGUCUUAUGUGAGAGUGGCGCUGGCCAAAGGUAACGAUGAGAGUGGAAGACCUCCACUCAGGUGCCGGGCUCCAGCGACAGGUCAACAGGCUCAGCCAAACUGUGACUUUAUAAUUAUAGGACGCCCAGUCAUAGCAGUAUAAGUACCAUUAGAGAGAGAGAGAGAGAGAGAGAGAGAGAGAGAGAGAGAGAGAGAGAGAGAGAGAAAUCUGAUACCUCACACCAUAAAGAUUCAAGGCAUUUUAAUAUUUGUUGUCCAGGAGGUCACUACCGUGAAGGCCGUGGGAGUCAGCCAACACCUUGUAUUGUAUCUGGAUGUGAAUGAACUGAUGACCUUUUACUCUUACACUUAUUUCUCCUUUCCUUACUGACUCCGAGUGUUCCUAAUUACUUUGGUGUUCCGCUAUGACAAUCUACACAGCACAUAGGCAACCAAUUGGGUUUUCAUGAGUAUUUUCUCCACUAACAUUUCAAAAACCUUGUUAAACUAUUAUUAGGAUCACAGAAACCUUGCAAACUAACAAUUUCAAAUAAAGAGUGUUAGAAUCUCA